AUGGCCGGGGAGAGCGACUGGACGUUCAGGAAUUCACCAGCGCGGGCAAUGUUCUGCCGCCAAGCUCACUCCGAUCUGAACAAGAGAGGCAAUCUCUUGACGAACAAAAAUCGACAAGAAAACUUCAAAAGUCUCGCGGACAAGUUGGUCGCUCUCUUUGUGGAGUGGCUUAUGCGAGAAUUCCCUCCUCCUCUCGAGGUGUUCAGAGUCCGUUCACUGCUGCCGGAGCCUCAGCCACUCCCCAUGACACCGCCAUCCGAGACUCGGCGAGCUAGUUAUCUUCCGGAGCAGAGCCGAGGACGCCAAACAAGUGCAGGUGCAGCUUCUGAGUCCCCCCACUCCUCCCACGCAGUCCAACAGCCCGUACCCGCGAACAACCAGCAGCAACACGAGAAGAAUCAGGCCCAACCUCGCUCCAGGCCCUCGAGCAGUGGGCAUCCAGCACUCGGUGGCAUUGCCUCAACGCCCCGUUACUGGAACACGAUACCCAGCCCGCCCACUUCUCCUCGGGCAAUCAUGAGCCGGAUGAACCAUCACACACCGAUCCAAUCCCGCGCUCAGGACACGACUCGGGACGUGCUGUCUGAGAUUGCCAAACUCCUGCAACAGGUUGGAGAACUCGGGGACUUGAACAGCAGACUGACCCGUGACAACACCAUCCUCCAGUUGGAGAAGAGAUUGGGUUCUCUUGAGAGACGAUCUCGAGUACAAGAUUGA